UGAGUCUGUCAUCAACCACACAUGACAGACAUAGACUGAUAGACACAGACCCCAUCACAUUCCUCUAAACCAACUGCUAUUUUCCCUUCCUUAUUCAAUCUCCAUCAUCUUCCUUUUACUUCAACAAUGGCGUCUUUGCAACAAUCUAUUUUACCCUCUAUUUCUCAAGCAUUUCUUCCUUCUAACUCUUCUCAGGUAAAUUAUGUGUCAUCUGGGAAAAGGGUUUCUGUUUUAGUGAAGGCUGAGCGAGUUUCAUCUGCUGCAACUGCUUCAUGUUCAUCAAUAUCUUUCCAAGAUGGUGUAGCAAGGAGGAAAUUGCUAGCCCUUGGUGCUAGUAUACCUGGAAUUUUGCUGUUCGCAGACACCCCUAUCUCCUUUGCUGCAGAAUCUAAAAAGGGUUUCCUACCGGUCACUGAUAAGAAGGAUGGAUAUACAUUUUUGUAUCCAUUUGGAUGGCAGGAAGUUUCAAUUGAGGGUGAAGACAAGGUCUUCAAAGAUGUUAUUGAACCAUUAGAGAGUGUCAGUGUGAAUCUGGUUCCAACUAGCAAAGAGGAUGUAAAAGAGUUUGGACCUCCAGACAAGGUAGCUGAAACUUUGAUUAAGAAGGUCCUAGCCCCUAAUAACCAGAAAACUAAGCUAGUUCAAGCGAAAGAGCAAGAUGUUGAAGGCAAAACGUAUUACACAUUUGAGUUCACUGCCCAAGCGCCAAAUUAUACCCGCCAUGCUCUAAGUGUAAUCUGCAUUAACAAGGGUAAGUUCUACACCUUGACAACAGGAGCAAAUGAAAGGAGAUGGGACAAAAUGAAAGACAGAUUAUACACCGUCGUUGAUUCUUUCAGAGUCUUCAACGCUUGAUUUUAUGGUAAACUAGACAUCUCAUAUUGACACCCUAUACUGUUUCUGCGUGAGUUGCACAAAUUUUAACUUUAUUCGAAGUUAAUUGCUCCAAAAACUUGAAUGUUGGAGAAUACUCAUUUUAUGUAUAUUAGACCCGAUUUUUUCAAAAUGAACGUGUAAAAGUCUUCUGAUUAAUGAAAUUUUAUCCCACUA